AUCCAUCCGAGCAUUUGUAUUUUCAGUUUCCGUUGCGUGGUAGUUUAAAAACUGGAAAUAUGGCGUUGUUGUGUAGGCACAAAUCAUCAGAUCCAGAAAGUGGCGCUUGCAAUUGCUUGCCCAUGCACUUAAUCCACAUGGAAAUGGCAAAAGCAGAAGUAAGUUCCGUUAGCAUACCAGCACAAGAACCACAAAGGGCUGCUUCACCUCAUCACUCUAGGACGCCUCUCCUUCAUUUUUUGGAUGACCCACGAGAGUCAAGAGAAAAAUACCGAAGGGUAUGCGUUCCCCUUCACAAUGCGGCCAUGAAAGGUAACUGGGAAGCAGCGAAGCGCAUCUUAGAAAAUGAUUGGGCUAUACUUCGUGCUGCCAUAACCUUGCGCUGGGCGACAGUUCUCCAUGUCGCCACAGGAGCGAAUCAAAUUCCCUUUGUGGAAGAGCUGGUGAAGAUUAUGGAUCCACAAGACUUGGAAUUGCAAGAUGUGAAUGGUAACACCGCGUUUUGCAUUGCUGCAGCAACUGGGAAUUUGCAGAUUGUUAAGAUAAUGGAAAGUAAGAACAAGAACUUGCCAGCAUUAAGGGGUGGCGCCAGAAUGACUCCUCUUCACAUGGCUGCUUUACAAGGAAAAAGAGAAAUGGCAUGGCAUCUAUAUUAUAAUACUAUUCGAGAUUUUGAAGAUGCCGAUUGGACUAUACUAUUAUUUUGCUGUGUCAAUACUGGAAUCUAUGAUUUAGCAUUGCAGUUGCUUAAAAAGAAACCAGAUCUUGCUUUUAGAAGGAAUGAAGCUAAUGAGACAAUAUUGCAUAUAUUGGCUAGAAAGCCUUUAGGUUUGAAACAAACGAAGCAACUUGAACUUGUCCAAUUCCUAUGGAGUAUAUUUCUGACUCAAGAUGAUGAGAAGAUUUUGGGCAACAUAAGAGUGCCUUCACCAGUAGUAUUUAACGCCAUAGAAAUUGGGAAUUGUGAGUUUUUGGCUGUGCUUAUGGGUACCUAUCCUGAGUUGAUAUGGGAAGUUAAUGAAAGAAAUCAAAGCAUAAUUCACAUUGCCAUUCUGCAUCGUCAUGCUAAUAUCUUUAAUCUCCUACGAGACAUUGGUCCAAUCAAAGAUUUCAUAGCAUGUUUCUUGGACAACAAAGACCAAAGCAAUUUAUUACAUAUGGCUGCAAAAUUAGCACCACCAGAUCAACUUAACUUAGUUUCUGGAGCAGCAUUUCAGAUGGCCCUUGAGUUGUCAUGGUUUGAGGAGGUGAAAAAGAUAUUGCCACCAUCAUUCAUAGAGAUGAAGAAUGCAGAAGGGUUAACUCCUCACCAACUAUUUACAAAAGAGCAUCAAGAGCUAUUGAGUAAAGCCGAAUCAUGGAUGAAGGGAGUAGCAAACUCUUGCAUGGUUGUUUCAACUCUUAUUACUAUUGGAGUGUUUUAUGCUUCAUUCAAUACACCAGGUGUUAUCAUUAACAAUAUAGGAAUCCCUACUUACUUGGAAAAAAGAUCACUUCUGGUAUUUGGCAUGUCUAAUGCAAUGGCAUUGAUCUCAUCAUCAACCUCCACACUCAUUUUCUUGUCUAUCAUCAUCUCACGCUAUGCAGAGAAGGAUUUUCUCAAGUCACUACCUUUGAAGUUGAUAUCUGGAUUGGCUGUACUUUUUAUGUCCAUAAUUAGCAUGAUGGUAGCUUUUGGUAGUGCUUUCUUCACUACAUACUAUUAUGGUUUAAACUUGGUUCCUAACUUCAUUUUUAUUCUUAUUUUAAUAGCUAUAUCCUUAUUUGUAUUUUCCCUAUUCCCAAUUAGGUCUGGUAUAUUUUAUUCAACCUACUUUUAUAGGACUCUCUUUUGGUCAUGUAAACGUAUGCUUUAUUAAAAAUGUCGACAGUUGUCUUUAUGAGUGAUGGAUAGAUCCAUGUAAUA